GCGAUGCUGGGGAAUGUGGAUUAAAUGUAACUUCCGGUGCGCUUGCCUGCCAGUACUAAAGAUGGCGGAAUCCGUGGUGGAAGUUGUGGAGAAGCUGCAGUCAAGACUCUCGGCCAGUGGUGAGCCUAAGAAGCUUCUGAAGACACUGAAGAGAUUAUCAGAACUGGCCAUUACAUUUGACAUAUUGGUGGACACUGGGAUAGGAAAGACGGUUAAUGGACUGCGGAAACAUGAGUUGGUAGGAGACCUUGCAAAAAACUUGGUUGCUCAGUGGAAGAAAUUGGUGCCCCAGGAGAUCCCAAGAACUGCUGAACCUGAGGAGCGGGAGUACAUUAAAAGCAGCUCUAAGAAAAGACCCCGAUCCCGAUCCCCAUCGCCAGAAGAAGACCUUAAUGAAUAUGAAAAUGAAUUUGAUGACAGUUACAGGUCACCUGAUGAAUCAGGAAAAGAACAGUAUUCAGACCAAGAGGAUUCCGAAGAUGGCAGGGGUUAUUCUCCUGAGCCCGCCUAUAGUUCACCAAAUGUAUCCAGAGACAGAGUCCUUGACUACCCCCACAAACUAAGCAAAGAUCAGAAAUCGCCCCAUAAAGAAAAGCACAAGUCAGAGACUAAAAGUCACAAUCCAGAAAAAAAGAAAGAAAAAACAUCUUUAAAGGAAAUACCUGACUUUCCAUCCUAUUCCGGAAGCAGCCGAGAGAAGCUGCCAUCUCCAGAGAGCAGAGAGCACAGCCAUAAAAAGGAAAAACAUAGGCACAACGUUUCAAAGAACCAAUCCGAGGAUGCUUUGGAUAGUAAAAAAAUAAAGUAUCACGAAAAAGCAAAAUCUGAUAAACAUAAAACGGACCAUGAGAGGGGCAGAAUGUCAGAAAAGGAUCACGAGCCACCACACAGAGAAAAAUCGGAGAAGAGUAAAAAUAAAACCAAACCGGAUGAACAAGGAUCUCGGGAAAAGAAAUCCAUCAAAAUCUCUGUUCCACCAGCAGAACCAGGCUUGGAUGAGCCUUUUGAGCUACCAACUAUGUCUUUUGAAUCCUAUCUGAGCUAUGACCUGCCCCAGAAAAAGAAGAAGAAAAAUGUUCAGAAACCAAGUACUCCUGAAAAGAGCAAUAAGAAAGUGAGUGAUGGCAGAACAGAACGUAAGGAAGGUUCCAAACAUAAAUCAAAGCCAUCCUCUGACAGAAAGGACAAAAAGGAAGCCUCAUUAGCCUUUCUAAGCAAGAUAGACGAGGUUCCGGUUUUACCUGACAUUCCACUACCUAUGAUCCUGCCAAAUUAUCGUCCUCUUCCUUCAAUCGAACCUGUUCUGUUCUCACCUCAGAAAAGGAAAGCUCCACUUUUGUCCAUUGGUGAAGAAGACGAUAGUACUGGAUUUACUGGCCGUAGAUUAAACUCCAAAAUGCAGGUGUAUUCUGGAUCUAAAACUGCCUAUUUGCCGAAGAUGAUGUCCCUUUAUGAACAGUGUAUCCGUGUUCUGUCUAAUAACAUAGACUCCAUCUAUGAAGUAGGAGGUGUACCGUAUUCAGUGCUUGAGCCAGUUUUGGAGAAGUGUACCCCAGAGCAGUUGUAUCGGAUUGAAGAAUGUAAUCACGUAUUAGUGGAAGACACAGAUCAACUCUGGAGAAAUCAUUGUCAGCGAGACUUCAAAAAAGAGAAUCCAGGAGAAUAUGAGACCUGGAGGGAAUUGUACCUUCGAUUGCAUGAGGCCCGAGAAAGGAGGCUUCAAACCUUAACAGAAAACAUUCGCUCUGCCCAUGCAAAUAAACCAAAAGUACGACAAGCAAAAAUGGCCUUUCUAAAUACAGAUGUGAAACCCCCACGAGAUGUGCGCAGAAGACAAGAAAAGUUUGGAACUGGAGCAGCAGUUGUCAAUGAGAAGAUCAGGAUUAAGCCCUUUACUCCAUUUAGCAGCAGCAGCAGCAGCAUCGUUAGUAGUAGUAGUAGUAGUAACAACAACCAUGUGGCCUAUGAGGAGUCGCGCUCAUAUGAAGAACCUAGCACCAGCUGUACCGUGUCAUCCCCACCGAGCAGUGUUCAGUCUGGACAUCAUGAUUCACGUAAACCACAAGUCAAGAAAGUUGCUCCAAUGAUGGCCAAAACAAUAAAAGCUUUCAAGAAUAGGUUUUCACGGCGAUAAAGUACAGGGAAAAAAAUGAACUUUGUUGUGAUGGGGGAGGGAUAACGCAGGAUUAGGGAGCUGUUUUGCUUUUAUAAGAUGGCGCUCCUGGAACAGUGCUUCCCUCCACCCUACCUUUUCCUUUCCCCGGUUGCCGAAUAUUUUACGUCUUGGUGACACUCAUGUGUUUUACUACAUGUUUCAUUCGUCAUAUGUAUAGUUCUGCGGAGUAUCCAGUUAUUCCAUUUUAUUGACUCUUGUUUAGACAACGACUUGUCCCCUCCUUUGAUGUGCAGAGCACAGCAACUGCUCCUGUUUUUAUCCGGAUUUUUUCACUCUUGGGCUUUACGAAGAGAGUACAAAGAGCGGUUUAUGUGCAUUAUAAUGUGAAAUUCAUUAGUGUGUCCAUUCAAAGCUGGGAAUAUCUUGUUGCUCUGGAUUACUGCAUACCAUUUCCCAGCGGCCUUCGAUAUAAGCCCAUCUGUGAUUGCAAACUGUAUUUGACAGAUAUCCACAUGUUAGACAUUCGUGUCAAAUGCUUAUUUGCAAUGUCACUUCAACUGAGUCUAUAAUCCCAAUAAGAUAACUCAUUUAAAGUCAGUUUUUGCACUAAUUGGAAAAAGGUUUUAAAAGUUUGAACUGUUAAAUCUGUAUGAAAUGUCUUCAUCCCUGUAGAUGACUUGACCUCUAUCUUAGGUUCCAUUAAUUUUGAACACAAAUGUAGCUCCCUUUUUCAAAUGACAUUAUUUGGAUACCCAUGUACCGAGCGGUCUUGUCCUGAAACGAAUGUUUCAGUGUUGCAGUGUCAUGUAUUGAUAAGAGUUAUUUUACAGGGACAUUUUCAGUGACAUAGGAUUUUAUGACAUGCAUCCAAUACAUACAGUUGUAUGAAAAGUUUGUGAACCCUUAGAAAGUUCCUAUAUUUUUGACUGAAUGGAUCUUAAAAUAUGUUGUGAUUUUUAUUCCGGAACCUCAUGUGAUAAAAAAAAAAACAGUUUACAUUUAAUAUCAUUAAAGGGAUUGAAGGGAUUAAA